AUGGGGCCUUUGAGGGGUCUCGUGACCGUCUUGAGCCGUGUGAGGUCGUUCGGGCGUGGGGUGGGUCGCGUGGCUGUCCUGGCGCGGCGGCGGAUCAUCAACACCUUCAACGAUACCGUCAAGGACGCGGUCGUAGCCCGAGUCCAACCUCCCGACACGGUGGAGCUUACGGAGCCUCUCGGCAUAGAGCUUCCCGUGCGAAGCCUCGUCCUCCGGCCAUACAUUGAAGCGACAAAGGCGCCAGAACCCGCUCCGCCGCCCACGGAGGCGCCGCCCACUCCGCCGCCCACGGAGGCGCCCACUCUGCCGCCCACUCCGCUGGCCGCCGUGGCGGAAGAAACCCAGGAUGAGAUGGACGCAGCGAGCGACGUGGAGCCUCCGCCGCCUCCGCCCAGCAAGUCCGCCGCCUUCGGCCCGCUGCAGUGGCUCAGCGUGGUUUGCGCGGUCGUCACGACCUGUAUCUGCUGCCUGCUGAUUGGCUUCUUCAUCUCGCGGCCGUCGGAGCCCGUGAAGCGGGCCGCAAAGAAGGCAGACGACAAGGACAAGGUGAGGACAAAGCUCAAGAAACUCAGCAUGCCCGGGGACAACAAAAUACUGGUCGACGACGUCGGGCAGUUCCGCCCUGGCCAGACGGCGCACAUAGAGAGCGACAUGGGCAGAGAGGAGGCGCGUAUCCUCGAGGUGGGCCCCGGCUCCUUCGUCUUGGCAGAGGGCUUGCGCAACAUUCACCCCAUCGGAGCCACGGUCACAGCUGAUCUGCAUGAGGAAGAUGCGCAUGGCCACCACGCAGAAUUUGGCCUGCAAACGCCGCGACGUCAGUCGAAGAUCGCCGAUCUGUUCCACACGCUGGACAGUAACGGCAAUGGGUUCGUGAGCUGCGAGGAGAUGUUCAGGCUUGCGCAGGCUGACGGCUUCCCAGGAGACCAGGAGCAGUGGAAGGCAGAAUUCCAGAGGCUCGUGCACAGCCACUUCCAGAGCAGCGACACGGGCUGCAGCCUCUCCAACUUCGCCCUCCUCGUCGACGACAGGGAGCACGGCAUCUUCCUCUCGGACUACGACCUCGAGAACUACCUGAGCUUGCUGUGCCCGACGUUGCACGACCAUGGCCAUCUGCACGACGACGGCCCGCGGCACUGA